ACCUAUUGUUUGUCCAUAUGUCAUUUUUGAGGAGGAACACUUGAUAAUCUAGGAAGCAAAAGAGAAAAAAUGGGGUUGUGGAGUUGAGUUGGGAAGACUACAAGAUGGAAUUGUAGGUCACCUUCUGCCUAAAUUUGUGGUUAUUAGAAACAGGUGAUGUAGGGUGAAAAAAAGUGAUAAGCUUAGCAGGUAUAUUAUACUGACCUGCUAGGGUUAUACUCACCCCAACGAAGCUCUCUUUUGGUUGAUGUAUGUAGAGCUAUUAAGUUUGAAUUUUUUCCCCUUUAAAACUGUACUCUGUAAAUGUCGCAAGAUUUGGAGCGCACAUUCCGAUCAAAAAUCUGGUGAAGCUUCCUGCAUACUACGGAUGACACAUUUCGAGUGUAUAUUGGACUCUGUAUUUUAGAUGUACAGAGAGGGUGUGUGGAGAACAUCUCUGGUGUCUACAUCCAAUAUGAAUUCCGCCGGAUCACCAGAGAUUCAUCUUCACCGGGAAGCAGCUUGAAGACGGCCGGACCCUUGCCGACUACAACAUCCAAAAAGAGUCUACUCUGUAUCUGGUGUUGAGGCUUCGUGGUGGAAUUAUCGAGCCGUCUCUGAUGGCAUUGGCUAAGAAGUACAACACUGAGAAACCAAUAUGCCGCAACGAAUAGUCGCAGACGCCAGACAUCUCACGCAGCGGAGCGGAUGGUCAGAUAGAAAGAGAUGAACGCCUAACUCCGCCGUACGCCGCCGUGAGCCUCUCAAGGUAAAUAGACGCCUCUCUGGCCUCUGCUCACCGCUAUUUUAUCAAGGUCUUGCAAAAUGCCAAAAGAGAGGGCGAGAUCAUUUUCAACCAACCGGGCUAGGGCAUCUCCUUAUCGCCCAUGCAGCUUAAGCGUUACUGGACUCAAGUCUGAAAAGCCUUCCCUAACUGUAGGGGACGAAAGAGAGUGGGAGGAAGCUAGGUGCCCAAUAUGUAUGGAGCACCCUCACAAUGCUGUCCUAUUGCUCUGUACCUCUACAGAAAAAGGUUGUAGGCCAUACAUGUGCGACACGAGUUACCGCCACUCAAAUUGCCUCGACCAAUUCCGCUAGUCGUUUGCUGCUCCAGAAUCAGCUCCGGGGGCAACAUCCUCUGCUGGAGGUAGAAUGGACCAAGCAGUACAUGCGGCGACUCAUAUAAGGCCUCUAGGCCACCAAGCACUUGCUUGCCCUCUUUGCCGUGGUCAAAUCAGAGGAUGUAUUGUCAUAGAGGCUGCUAGGCAGUUUAUGAAUUCUUUCCCAAGGACUUGUUCGUUGGAGACAUGCAAUUACGUUGGUACGUAUUUCGAGCUAAGAAAGCACGCCAGAGAAGAGCAUCCCUCUCGGCAUCCAUCUGAGACAAAUCCUAGGCGUGAGUCCGAGUGGACUAGGUUGCAGCACCAAAGUAACAUUGACGACACUCUUAGUGCAUAUCAGUCACUUUUUGGGGACGAUUCCAGCGAUAAUGACUUCUCAUUAUCUGGGUCUCCUUUCCCCUACACCGAUUUUUUCGAAUUUUUUGAAAGUGUAUCCUGGGAGGCUGUGGAUGAAUCAAUUGAUUAUGAAGUUUUGGAACGCGAGUUCGCCUUUUCUUUUCUGUAUGACGAAUGACCAACCAAUUGAAACUCUCUGUCAAGAAGAUCAAAUGAUCACAAUGGUGGUGGCAUUCUGCAAGGCGUACCAGCAAUAGAUCAAGUUCACAUUGAUGAUGAAUUUAUGAUAGUGAUUAAUUUGACACCUUAUGUUGGAGGUCCCGCAAACAUAGUCCACUUUGAUGAGUGUACAACUUUUAAGUUUUAUUAACAUGCAACUUCCAGACAUUGUAUAAAAUAUAUCUACGGUUCUUUUUUUUUUGUGUGAAGAGAUGACUUGUGCAUUGGGACAGGGCAAGCUGAGAACAAAGACUCUUUUAUUGG